CACAGAGAGAGAGGACAACCGAACAACACCGGCAAGGAGGUUUCGUCGCCAAUAAUCUCCCUCGAAGUUGAGUAUUGUAGUUGACACAGCAAUCUGCCUGUAUUUGUAUUCAUAGACAUAUUCAUAUUCCCACCGCAACUCUCCUCGGCAUACCGUCGGACGAUACCAUCGGAGGAAACCAUCCACAAAGUUUUCCGACGACGCACUGCACCAUAGCACAGAACAACACAGCACAGAAACAAUGGCGACAACGAUACAACAUCGUUCGAAGAGACGAGGCGAGAGGACCCCGCCCCUUGUCGGGGUUCGAUCCGCGGCGGCUCUGGCGGUGUCCUCGGCGCUCCUUCUUGCACUCUCGGCCACUCCAUCGGUUGCCUUCCAGUCAAAGGCGACGUCCGCUUUCGCCAACUUUCGAAGCACCGCCUCCUUUUCUCCAUCGGUCCGGCUCUUUGCGGAAUCCUUCGAAAAGGACAGCAGCAAGGGCAACAGCGACAACAUCACUCCCAAACAACAACCCUACGUGCGAAUGACCGAAGACAACCAGUCGAGCGCCACCAGGGGUAAGUCUGCCCUCCUCCCUUCCAUCGGCGACGUCGUCCGGUACACGGAUCUCGACGGCGGGGAUCUUUCCGGCCAGGUGCUGGUGGGAAAGAUAUCUUACGUCUUUGGCUCCAAGACAAGCGGGUACAGCGUCGAGCUCAACGAGCUGGAGGACGUCGGGGACGGGUACUUUGCCGAGUACAGCAGCGCCCUGCGGAACCGCAAGGGCCGCAAGACGGAGCGGAGGCUGGACCAGGUCAGCCCGCUCGCGGCCUCCUUUGUCGGCUCCGAGCAGGCCUACAAGGUCCCCCUGGACAGGGACACGGGACUCCCCAGCCCCCGCCAGGCGACCUACGACAUCGACCGCUACGAGGGGCCCGCCUUUUACCAGACGGUCGACCAGGACGUCCUGGAGAGGGACGCCGAGGACUAUUCCGCCCUCAAGUCUAAGCUCUUCCGGAACGUGGCGCUGACCGGGCUGGUGGGAACCAUCCUGGCCAACGCGAGCUACGGGUCCGAGCUGGCGGUCAUCUACUUUUUCGGGUCGGUGGCCUCGCUCCUCUACCUCUUUCUGCUAAGCGUCAAGACCGAUACGGUGGCCGUCAACCAAGAGGACAACACCCAGAACCUGGUAGGGACACCGAUUGCCAACCUCCGCUUCGGUGCCCCCGCCCUGGUACUGAUCGGGGUCAGCCUCUGGAACAGCCAGAAGAUGAGCAGCGGACUCGGCGGAGCCGACGAUUUCCAGAUGCGGCUCUUCGACACGGUCAGCAGGGACCAAUUCGCGGCCGCCGUCCUGGGAUUCUUGACCUACCGGCUGCCCCUCUUUGUCGGACAGAUCCGGGACGCAUUUCAAAAGCUCGAGGCCGAAACCGACAACACCACGGAUUCUUCCGGAAUCCAGCUGCCGGGGAGUGCCGGCGUGGCAGCCAAGCUCCUGGGCCGCGGAACCACCGCAGGAACCGAUUCGUCAUCCGUCGGUGGCGACGACAGCGACCUGGUCACCGUCCUGCUGGUCUCGGGGCCCCAGGCCACGGGCCGAUCGGAGCUCGUCGGGAGGCUCCUGGAGGAUUCGUCGAACCCGGACCCGGACUCGUCGAACCCUAAUCCGCCGCUGGUGCCCCCGGAGCGGGUCUGGAAGAGGGACGACGGGGCCACCUUCGAGCGCCUGGCCCGCCGGGGGGAAUUUCUUGACGCCACUACCAUCGACAACGACAUUGCGGCUAGCGACUCGGCCUCCGGCCUGACGGUGGGGGGCAUCUUCGACGCCGCCAGGGGCCUCGUCGACGGCAGGGAGGUCCCCAACAAGAACGUAGUGGUCGUCGACGCCAGCGUCGAGCUGGCCAAGGCGCUCGCUACGGCCAAAAGCCUUCCAGGCAAGACCCGGCUGAUCGGGAUCUGGGUCGGCCUCGAAUCGGUGGCCGAUUUCAGAAAACGGCUCGAGGAGGACAUCGACACCGGGGUGCUGGUGGUCCCCCCCGACGAGACGAAAGAAUCCUUUCUGCGGGCCAAGAUCAAGGAGAUCGUUGGAGAGAUCGAUUUCGGACUGGGGGCCGGGAUUUUCGAGUUUACCAUCCUGAACGAUGCGAGCGAUCCCGAAAAAAGCCUGGCGGAGCUGAAGGAAGCGGCCUCGUACGCAUUCAAAUAAUGAAACAAUCGACGGGAUGGGAUGGGAUGGCACAACAAAAAGGCCAAUGGGCCAGCAGCCACACCAACCGCUGUUCUCCCUCGAACAGCCGGCUCGCCAGGAAGCAGUGGAACCGACACGGAUUGCACUUCUACAACGGUGCAGUGCUGACCGCGCGCAAGUUUUUCUGUACAUAACGGACGGAAUAGAUUUAUCAACUAGUU